AUGGCAUCAGAAACCCUUCCAGAGCGUCCAGCUCCAAUUGAGCUUCCAAAACUCCCUGCACCAGUCAGGGAUUUCAUCCCCUACCUAUUUCGAAACCCUACCAAACAUAUCUCUACCAUUGUCGAGCCCUAUAAAGCCUAUGAAUCAGAGCUUCGCAAAGUUUACGCCCAACAGCCCGAUCAUGAAGCUGUCAAAGAUGGAGCUGUCAAUUUAGUCCCUAUUUUCUCUGGCCAUGAGCGUGAUCUUAAGGUUCAGGCUAGAGAUCUCAAAAAUGAGACGAAAGAGGAGUCGGAGAAAUACAUCAUGCCAUUGAAGGAUGAGGAACGCCGACCUAAUGGCUCGCCAGCUGUCGUUAGAUCCUUCAAAGAUUUCCAGACAAAUUUCAAUCUCUUCUCCGAGUCUUCAUUGGCUGAUCUUGAUUGGAACAAUGUUGUUGCAGCUGGUAGUGCCGUCACUACAUCCCUUAUUCCAAUUCCUGAGAAAUGGGCCGGCAGCAAGAGAGCUAUGAGAGAAUAUUAUCACCAGCAUCUGGCUCCGGCAUCUGAUGUCGAUCUUUUCCUUUAUGGACUUAGUGAGGCUGAAGGACUAGAAAAGAUCAAGCAGAUCGAGACUAACAUCAAAGAUGCCAUCCUUCAUGAGACAACUACGAUUCGUACGAAAAAUGCCAUCACAAUUGCAAGUCAACAUCCCACUCGUCAUGUUCAAAUCGUUCUCAGACUUUACGAUUCUAUCUCUCAAAUUAUAACUGGUUUUGAUGUGGAUUGUUCUUGUGCUGCGUAUGAUGGAAAACAAGUUUACAUGAGUCCAAGAGCUGUUGGAUCAUUCAUUACCCAAUGCAACACAGUUGAUCUGACUAGAAGAUCGCCAAGUUACGAAAACAGAUUGAGCAAAUACAGCCACAGAGGUUUUGAAGUUCAUUGGCCAAUGUUAGAUCGCUCAAGGAUUGACCCUACUAUCUUUGAGCGGUCAUUCGGGCGCACCGAAGGACUCGCGAGAUUGUUGAUCUUGGAGAAGUUGCCAAAAACAGUUGACCGGGAAAACUACAUGGAUCAACGUCGAAAAGAGCGUGGCAGACCAUCCCUCAACAGAAGUUUUCGCAACCAACGUAGAUUGUACGGAAAUCUGAAAGACCAAGAAGAGGAUGAGGUGGCAGAUUGGGCAGAACAGGACGAGAUCGCCAACUAUCACACCAUGACAGUUCCAUACGGACAAAAGUACAAUGCAGCAAAGAUAAAUCGUUUGCUGUAUGCCAAAGAUUUGCUUCUCAAUGCGGAAUGGAACCAGGACAAAGAUCGCGAAGUUUAUUUGCAUCGUCAUCCAUGCUUUUUCGGCACUGCAGAAGAAGUUAUCAAAGAUUGUUGUGGAUACUGUCCCAUUCCUACUACGGAUGAGGAGAAAGAGGUAGCUGAGAAGGAAAGCAAGAACUACGUCUCGGGUACUCUCAAGUUUAUCACAGAUGAUCCCGGUCGUCAGGAGAUUGGAAGUUUCAAUCCUAUAAAUGACGAUGAAUGGACUACUAUGAGUUAUGUUGGUGAUACGGCACGCCUUUGUCAAGCUAUCGUGGAUGGAGAUCUCGAGCAUGUUCAGGAUUGGUGCUCACAAGAAGGUGUAGAUGUGAAUCGCCGAGACUUCACCGGACGUACACCUUUACACCUAGCUACCAUGACUUCCACUCCAGAAAUCGUCAAGUGCCUCGUCGAUCACGGAGCCAGAAUGAUUGCUAGGCUUGUGGACGGUAGAACGGCAUUACACAUCGCUGCUGCUAGAGGCAACCUGGAAAUGAUUAGCAUCCUCAUGAACAAGAGUUUGGCAAAUGAAGAGGAGGAAGACAAGAAACAGGCUGGUAAAGUUACAUGUCUUGCACCUGAUGCUGAGGAAGAAUCGGAUUCGGCAUCAGAAAUUACCCUCGACAGUGAACAAGAAGAGUCUGAUGCUAUGACAAUGGGAAGUUUUGUCAAGAUACCAGGAAACAAAGAAGAGGAUAAGGAUGAUGUUGCUGCGGUUAUGGAUGAUUCAAUGGAGGAUCCUGAUAUCUACGACAUCAAUGUGAUUGCUUGGGAUUACGGUCUCUCUCCACUUCAUCUUGCAAUUCUUAAUGGUCACCUUGAAGCUAUCAAGCUUCUUGUCUCGGAAUAUGGUGCUGACGUACUAUUUCCCGUCAAGUUGAUAGAGGCUGGUACAACCAACGCCAAGGGUGUUGUCAUGACUUUGGUAUUGGCGAUGUCGCUUCCCAACGAAAAGGCCAAACAAGUGGUGGAGCUCCUGUUGAAAUUAGGAGCAACAUCUGCACAAUCCGACACCCAUCAUUUCACAGCCCUUCAUUACAUCGUUGCUCAAAACAACAUGGAUGUUUUGGAUGUCUUAUUUGCUAAUGAUCGUCCAGCUGCUCAAAAGGUUCUCAAUAAGAUUGGAAUGGAAGGAGGUUAUGGUCAGGCCAACACGCCACUUUCUACCGCUGUAAAGAAGACUUGCGGAGAGAUGGCAUCAAAACUUUUGAAAUUGGGAGCACAACCUCAAAUCGAAUUCGAAGAUUGGGUCAAAGUAUAUACGGCCAUGAAUACUCAUGCCAGAAAGCAAAAUACGGAAGCAAAUAUGAAGCAAUUCCAAAUAACUGUCCAACAGCCCAUCAUUGCUGCUAUCUGUAAGGAGAUGGGUGACGUGGUAGGAGAGCUUCUUUCACAUGGCGCCGACCCUCAGACCCUCACAACUAUUGCAUGGUCGGCGGUAAAUAAUCCUGAACACCGACACUAUUACAACGACCAGAGAGAAUCAAUCUUGGAUGUCAUUCAGCACAAAUUGGAGGCCCUUCGUGAAUGGAAAGAGCCGCCGCAUAACCAAUGGCAAUAUCGUCCCCAAUAUCUCGAUACAGAAAAGCCCGAAACCCUUCGUGACGAGGAUUUCUACACGGCAGACUUGGAACCAGGUACUUAUAAGUACUGGACAGCCUUACAAGAUUAUCGAAAUGAGAAAUAUCAGAAUAAAGUCAAUCAUGAACGAUACGAGAAGUUACUCAAGGACAAAAGGACUGAAUUGGAGAAAUACAAGGAAGACCGCGAAGCAAUUCAAGAAGCGAUCAAGGAUCUUGAGAAGGCUGAAAAGGUGCUAAUCGCGGCUGGCGCAAAACCGUUCACUGAGUUGUUUCCGGACAUUCCUCGGACAAAAAAGCGCGAAAGUCAUUCGCGGGGCUACAACUAUGGGCAAAAGACAAAAUGGAAGGCUUACAAGACACAAUUCACCUUUUAUGUUCCAGACCUGAAUGAUGGAAAGAGACAGGGCUAUUUCAUGUUGUUUGAGGCUGCCUGGAACAAUGAUCUUGAUACCAUCAAGAAUCUGACACUUAGUCCUUGGAAGCGAGGGAGCAAUGAAUAUGCACCACUCAAAAUCGCAGUCUGUGAUGAAAAUGGAUUUAUGCCUUUCUCGAUUGCAGUUCUUCGCGGACAUUACGAUCUUGCACGUAGGAUUGUGGAAAUUUGUCUUGCUCAGUAUCACAACGCAGAUGAUGAAGAUACUAACAAGGGACGUCAGCGCUGGGGUGUCACGGUUAAUAGCAGUGAUGAUGAGUCGGAGGAACUGCCUAUCUUCUCUGAACUAGUUACUGAUAAAUUUACCAUUGACACUCUCGAGGAAGUUUCCAAUGUUGUCAAAGGCGAUAUGCUUCCUUUGAGGAUGAUUGAAUUUUACUGCCCGGCACGACGAUUCAUCGAUAAAGAUGAAAGCUCGAGAUUAAGCGAGAGAGUUGAUCUCUUCAGAUAUGCUGUUGAGCAGGACGAUUUGAAAAUGUUUAAAUUCCUUUUGGAGGUAGCAACUGAGCAAAAAGCUUUAACGGCUAAAUAUGAGGAUGAUCAGCAAUGCUACAAUCUAAAUUCUUCAGUCUUCAACGAAGCUCUCUCCAAAGGUAGAACCACAAUGCUGGCAGAAAUGAUUAAAUAUUGUGGUGCAGGUAUUCCAUUUGGCGAGUUAGUCUCAGAAAGUGGUGUUGAACUCAAGACGAAGCCAAGAUAUUAUGAAGGCUUGACAAUUGGUGGCAAAAAGAGAAAGGAUUGGGCACAACCACCAGGUCACAUCCAAGAUCUCAACCAAUUUGAGGGAAGUCUUCCACCUUUGCUAGAGGCUGCACAUAUGGGCAACAUUGAAUCGGUUGAGUGGUUCAUGAGUGACGCACCAAUGAGACGUUACAAAGAAUUUGCCGAGAGAAACAAAAAUGAUAUGCGAGUUCGAACAUUAGAAUCUGGAAAGGGAUUUGAAAAGACAAUUUCGAAAUGGAUGGAGAUGAAUAAUGAGCUUCUACUCCACGUUGCCAUUCUUUACAAUCCGCAAACAGACGAUGAAAAGGUCAAACACCUCAACCUUGUCAAACAUCUCGUGUCCGUUCUUCCCGAAUCAGUCCUUUCACUUAAAUCUUCUGCGGGAUAUACACCUCUACAUCUUGCCGUUGAUAGACACAACAUCUCAAUUAUUGAGCAUCUUCUCUCGGUUGGCGCCUCAUCCCGUUCUCGCGAUAAACAGAAUCGAAAUAUCAUGCAUACUCUCGCAAGUGCUGCCGCACGGGUGGAUGAGAACACAAUUUCCCGUCUAGAAUCUAUCAUCAAUUUAUUCGACAAGAAGGAUGUUCAAGAAAUGUUACUAGAAAGAGCAGAUGAUUAUCCAAGCGCCCUUACGCCUCUUGCUUUGUGGAUGAGCAAAGCCACACAACACGAUAUUGAAAGUGUACUAGAAGUACUUAUGAAACAUUCUACUGGUGAGGAACUAGAGAUGAUUAAUGGAGAGGGUGAUUUACCUUUACACGUUGCAAUCAAAACCAACAAACCAAACAUAACAUCCUUCCUCCUCCGCCAAAAGCCAAAUCUUCUCUACCGCGAAUCAGCAACUGGUCGUACACCUCUAGAAAUGUCCCACGAUAACUACAUCUCCAACUUUCUAUCCCAACCACCCUCCAUUAACGAACACUGGCAAUAUCAUCCAAAUAGUAUUAAUAACUAUACGCUCAAUGCGCGCGAUACAAAACGUAAAAAUGAUGCAGCACCAUAUUAUAAACGACAUUUGUUGAUCUGGGAGGAAUGUUUAAGAGUUCAAGGAGAGCUGAAGAGGAAAUUUGACGAUGAGGAAGUUGAGGGAAAAAGUAGGGAAGAGGGCGGAAAGAGAAGAUUAGUUAGUUUAUUUGAGGCGAAUGAGGUGGCGAGAAGAUUGGCCGGAAGUCAUAAUAGGAGGGGAAAUGGAGUGGGUACGCAAUGGGAUAUUUUCUGCCCUAUUGUGACGGAAAUCCCUGCUUUCCUCCCACCUUUAUUAUAUAAGAAACCUCAGGUAUCAAUGGUUAUCGGUAAAGUAAGAUCAUUGGAGGAAUAA